CUGUUGUGCGCAAAAGACAUUCCCCCUCUCUCCAUAUCAAACCACCAACCCAGCAUGUGGCUGAAGACAGUGGUUCCCGUGUGCGCGCGCACGGCGCGCUCGGCACGCCAUGUGCACACGUCGGCCUCCGCGCUCGGCAGCGGUGUGCCCAUGAGCAAGUUUGACAACAAGGAGGUGGACUACGACACCAUGGAGAAGCGCCUUGAGGCUGUGCGCAACCGCCUCAACCGCCCCCUCACCUGCUCCGAGAAGAUCCUCUACUCCCACCUCGACGACCCCGAGAACCAGGACAUUGUCCGUGGCGAGAGCUACCUGCGCCUUCGCCCCGACCGUGUGGCGAUGCAAGAUGCGACUGCGCAGAUGGCGAUGCUGCAGUUCAUCUCGAGUGGCCUGCCACGCGUUGCCGUGCCCAGCACCAUCCACUGCGACCAUCUCAUUGAGGCCAAGGAGGGCAGCGCCAUCGACCUCGAGCGCGCCAUCACCACCAACAAGGAGGUGUACGACUUCCUUGCGUCUGCUGGCGCCAAGUACGGCGUUGGCUUCUGGAAGCCCGGCUCUGGCAUCAUCCACCAGAUUAUCCUCGAGAACUACGCAUUCCCUGGCGUCCUUCUCAUCGGCACCGACUCCCACACCCCCAACGGCGGCGGCCUCGGCGGCCUGUGCAUUGGCGUGGGCGGCGCUGAUGCCGUGGACGUGAUGGCUGGUCUCCCGUGGGAGCUCAAGUGCCCCAAGGUCAUUGGUGUCAAGCUCACCGGCGAGAUGAACGGCUGGACUGCGCCCAAGGAUGUGAUUCUGCGCGUUGCCAAGGAGCUGACUGUUGCUGGCGGCACGGGUGCGAUUGUGGAGUACCACGGCCCCGGCGUCGAGAGCAUGUCGUGCACGGGCAUGGGCACCAUCUGCAACAUGGGUGCGGAGAUUGGCGCCACCACGUCCGUCUUCCCCUACAACGAGCGCAUGGCCGAGUACCUGCGCGCGACCAACAGGGCCAACAUUGCUGACCUCGCCGACAAGCACCGCACGCUGCUCACCCCCGACGACAACUGCGAGUACGACCAGCUCAUUGAGAUUGACCUCAACACGCUCGAGCCAUACGUCAACGGUCCCUUCUCCCCAGACCGCGGCCACACCAUCUCUGAGUUUGGCAAGGCUGCGCGCGAGAACGGGUGGCCGCUUGAGCUGAGCGUUGGCCUCAUUGGCUCCUGCACCAACUCCUCCUACGAGGACAUGAGCCGCGCCGCUUCCAUCGCACAGCAGGCUGUGGACCACGGCAUCACCGCCAAGUCGCAGUUUACGAUCACGCCCGGCUCUGAGCAGAUUCGCGCCACCAUCACCCGCGACGGCCAGGCCGAUGUGCUCAGCAAGAUUGGCGGCGUUGUUCUCGCAAACGCAUGCGGCCCCUGCAUUGGCCAGUGGGCGCGCGAGGAUGUACCAAAGGGCACCCCCAACUCGAUUAUCACCUCGUACAACCGCAACUUCACCUCGCGCAACGACGGCAACCCGCAGACGCACGCGUUUGUUGCGUCGCCGGACAUUGUGACGGCGAUGGUGCUGUCUGGCCGCCUCGACUUCAACCCGCUCACAGACGAGCUCGAGGGUCCAAACGGCCCAUUCAAGCUGCAACCGCCCACUGGAGACGAGCUUCCCUCGCAAGGGUUCGACCCCGGCAUGGACACGUACCAGGCGCCGCCCUCUGACGGCAGCGACCUCUCUGUCGACGUCGACCCCAACAGCGACCGCCUUCAGCUCCUCAGCCCAUUCCCAGAGUGGGAUGGCAAGGACCUCGAGAACAUGGAGGUUCUGAUCAAGGUGAAGGGCAAGUGCACGACGGACCACAUUUCGAUGGCUGGCCCCUGGCUCAAGUACCGCGGCCACCUCGACAACAUCUCCAACAACAUGCUCAUUGGCGCCAUCAACUCUGCCAACGACGAGGCGAACACCGUCAAGAACCAGCUCACGGGCGAGUACCAGGGCGUGCCAGACGUUGCCCGCGCGUACAAGGCCAACAACAUUCCAUGGGUUGCCAUUGGCGAGGACAACUACGGCGAGGGCUCCUCCCGCGAGCACGCCGCUCUUGAGCCACGCCACCUCGGCGCCCGCGCCAUCAUCGUCAAGAGCUUUGCCCGCAUCCACGAGACCAACCUCAAGAAGCAGGGUCUCCUGCCCCUGACGUUUGCCAACCCUGCCGACUACGACCUGAUUGCACCGGAGGGCGCCAAGGUGUCCAUUGUUGGCCUUGACAAGUUUGCGCCUGGCGAGCCCCUGACGGCCACCGUCACCAACCCCGAUGGCUCCUCCCACGAGAUCAAGCUCAACCACACCUUCAACGAGGGCCAGAUUGCCUGGUUCAAGGCCGGCUCUGCCCUCAACCACAUGAAGAAGAUGGCCGAGCGGGCGUAAAGCGUCGCUGAUGCUGACAUUUGCUGACACGUGCCGCUGCUGUCGGAUGUUGUGUGUGUGAUGCAUGGUUGUGUCGUUUGUCGUGCGUGAUGCGUGUGACAUGACGGUGCAGUGCGAUGUAGUUGCGUUGCACCACUUGACACAGACACAGACACACACACACACACAAACACAGCACCCGCGCGCAUACAUACUUGUACAGUCAGCUCAGCCCAGCGCACUCUUUGUCGUGUGACGUCCUUCUUGUUGUUGUGCUUGUCUUGGUGUUUGUGGUGGUUGAUGUGUCUUACCACACUCACUCCCUUGUUCGUGCCGUGUUGUCCUGUCACAUUGCCUCCCAUACACCCCUUCCCUACGAACUGUUUGUGUCUUUCAGCAGUGGGUGACACUUGACGUCCAGAAGCACUUGUGUGCUGCUGACGUGCAGCUGUCCUCAGCUUGCUCCAUCGUCCAUUUCGUCUUUCCACCUUGUUUUUGGCUUGUCUCGUCUCUCUCUCGUACAAAGCACAUGAUGUUGUCACACUGCGC